GUAAUUCCUUUGUGCUUUGAGGAGCUUUCCUAAUACUUUAAAGGUUGUCUUAAGCUGCUACUGUAUUUCAGGCUUUGAAAAAAAUUGUGUGUUGGGUUCGAUAUUUUUGCUUCUUUAUUAGUGCAUUGUCAUGGUUGUAAGCAGCUUUAAAUAUUUAAUAGAAAAAUGGCGUGUAAAUGUUGAAUAAUAAUAAAACUAAUAAUGACGGCUAUAGCUUCCAGUCCAAUUUAUUGCAUCAGCCUAUGGAUCCGUACAAUUCUUCCUAGCAGCAUGAAUUUAUAUUCAGCAAAGUAUCCAUCCCAAAGUAUUCAAAGUUCUCUCUUUGGCCUUCAGUGUGCACACACAUAAAAUAGCCAUUUCUUCUUGAAAACGCGCUUCUCCAGUGAAAAAUUAACGCCUUCGUGCGGUGGCAAAGACGUCAUUUUCCGAAAAGUGUUUUUCACACUUGCAGGUGUCUCUAAAAGCUGCUGCUUGGUCUGACUUUACUGUAUUAAGGUCUUUUGCUCUGUGUUGUUCGAAAACCUUUCUCUGAGCGUAAUGUGGGAGAGGAAAUGCCAAAACCCCCAACCAGACCCAACCAACUACCCGACUCCUUUUAUUCCCAGCACAAUAAAGAGAGUGGCCCAGAGACCCAGAAAGGGACUGGCCGGCGUUCCUUUUCCCUUCCGCUUCGUCUUCCUUAAGUCACUCGCCUCGCCGCGUGGAACAGCCUUCCUCUAGGACCCAGAAGACGCGGGCCCCGGAGGGAUGCAUAAAAAUGCCACAUAUCCUUUGGGAAGAUUGCAUGGGUAUGAAUAAGCAUCUAUAAAGUCUGAGGAAGAAGUAAAAGGGAAUCUCCCUUUCAGCAGCAUACCUGAUGUUGAAGGACUUCAUCUUGCCAGUCAUGGAAGAAGAUGGCUGGGAAUGGCUAGUAGCUCCCAUUCAGCAGCUGAUAUCCUGGGGUGCAUCUGCAGCCAUGGUCUUUGGAGGUGUGGUGCCAUACAUCCCACAGUACCGAGAUAUUAAAAGGACACAGAAUGCAGAGGGCUUUUCAACCUAUGUGUGUUUAGUAUUAAUGGUUGCUAACAUUUUAAGGAUACUCUUUUGGUUUGGGAGGCAUUUUGAAUCCCCACUGGUGUUGCAGAGCAUUAUCAUGAUAAUUACAAUGUUACUGAUGUUGAAACUAUGCACUGAAGUACGUGUGACAAAUGACUUAAAUGUCAAAAGGCGCUCCUUUUCAGCUGCAGAUAGUAAGGAUGAAGAAAUCAAAACACCUCCCAAGAGAUCCUUUCUGGAUUUUGACUUGAACUAUUUCUGGCACUGGAGCAAGUUUACAGAUUAUGUGCAGUGUGUUCUGGCUUUCACUGGAGUAACAGGAUACAUCACUUAUCUCUUUCUUGAUUCGAUUAUCUUUGUUGAAACACUGGGCUUUCUCGCUGUGUUCAUUGAAGCCAUGCAGGGUAUCCCACAGCUCUACCGUAACUACCAAAAUAGAUCAACUGAAGGAAUGAGUGUUAAGAUGGUGCUGAUGUGGACAAGCGGUGACUCCUUCAAGACUGUGUACUUCCUCCUGAACCAGGCUCCCUUCCAAUUCUCUGUUUGUGGACUCCUCCAGGUCUUUGUGGAUAUGGCCAUUCUGUUGCAGGUUUACUUCUACAGCUGGCACCCACAGAAGCCAACUUCACACACAACACACCCAGCUAGUACAAAGGCACUUUAAAGCACACAGUGGAGGCAGCUGUAACUUGGAAUUUUUGGAGCCAGGCUUGCAGGAUAACGUCUUCUAACUGCAGUGUUCCUGAUAGGCUGGAUAUAGAGUCAGAAAUGGAAGCCUUAUGUGGGUAACAUUAUCUGGCAUUGUUUUUAAUUGUUAGUUUUCCUUGAGUUGCAUAUUUAAUGAAAUGGGUUUUCCUCUUUGGGGCUCCAGUAAAGGGGUCUUUUUUUACACUUCUAGUUUUGUUGUGGGGAGGAGGAUAUGUUGACACACCUGAAUCUUAAUUCAUUUCACUUGACAUUUGUGCACGUGUGUAUCAUAAGGGCUGGAUAUUAAUAUUUUCAGUGCUAUUUUUUUAAAAAAAGGUUAGUCACAAGAAUCAAGAGUAUUUGGGCUGAAGCUUUGACCUAUUUAUAUAAAAUAUGUAUAUUGAUAGUAGUUUCAGAGUAUGUUAUAUUUCAGAAAUGAAUGUUGAAGGCAAUGUAUUCAUCAUAAGCAAAAGUGCAAAAUCAUUUUUAUAAAUGAUAGAUAUGCUUGAUCAGAGGUAGAGGAGCUGAAGCUAGGAAGAUUUGGUGAAUGAUGUAAAAAAGUAUUUUAUUCAGUAUAAAUGUGUUGUUAAUCUAUAUAUCUAUGUGCACACUGCUGGACCAGUGUAAUCCAUGAAUAUAUAAAAGUGAGACGUAUGAUGCUUUUGCCAAAUAUGGUGCGGGAGCAGAACUUGGUGGCAUGGGGGGGAGGGGAAAGAAGGAAGAAAUCUUAACACAGUGUAGUAGAAGUCUUGUUUCUAAAAUGGCUGCACUCAAUAGAGGGCUAAAGAGAAGUGUGGGGAUUGGAAAAAUCCAGUAGAAGCUUUGCUGAAAAUGAUAGAUGUAGCAGUAGCAAUGUGGCAGUGGUGAAGAUAGAAACUCAGUGUGCAGCUUAGACCUCAUCUACACUCUUUGUACCAGAAUAGUAGGCUUUUCUUUAAAAAUGAAAUUAUAUA